AUGUCUUCUUCACAUCAGACAAUCUCUGACGAACAUGCCCAUAUAUACAGGGAAUACUUUCGCGCUCUUUUAAACAAAGAAGGGAUACUCUGUGACGAAAAUAUGGUCGCAAUUUAUGGUUCUUUAAAAUUCAUAUUGUGCUGUCAAUGGCGUGAAAAAAAUCCCAUUGGGGCGGCUGAAAUUCAAACCUUUAAUCAUAGUUUGUCCUCUCAACAUCAUGGUGGUAUUGGUGUUUACGUAACACCCACAGGAUAUUCACAGGGUGCAAUCAAAGAGGCCAUGAAUUCUUCAACGAAGAUUUUAUUAUGCACAGACAAGGAUAUUAUUGAGUGCAUUAAAUUAACUGAAGCCAACUUCAAAAAAAUUCAUCCAUUAAACUAUGACGACGUCGUAAUUGAAGGGUUAAAUUUCGAGAGAGGUGAAAUCAAAUCAAUUCGAAAGAUCACAAUGAAGCAAAGAGCAUUCGUACCGUAUUAG